CUACCAUCCAGGAGUCCAGGAGUAAAAUUGGAAUAAUUUUGAUCUGAAAGUGAUCUGAAAUAUUCUCAGUUUCAAUUAUUUAUUAUCAAAAAAAAUCCUAUUGAAAAAUCUAAUUUUUGGAAGUUUAAACUGUCUGUAAUAACAAUAUAACCAAUAGAAGUGCUGGCAAGUAGUCUUGGAAAUUUCAUACAAUGAAUUGAAAAUAUGGCUGAUUUGGAUGAACUUCCAUCUGACCAACACUUUUGCUUAAGAUGGAACAACUUUCAAGCAAAUAUAACAUCACAGUUUGAUGCAUUAAGAUGUGAUGAGGAGUUCACAGAUGUUACCAUUGCUUGUGAUGGCCAACAACUAUUGGCACAUAAAGUUGUGCUAUCGGCUUGCAGUCCAUACUUUAAGGAACUCUUCAAGUCGAAUCCUUGCUCACAUCCCAUAGUGUUUAUGCGCGAUGUAGAAGCGCGCCAUAUCAUAGCUUUAAUGGAAUUUAUGUAUGUGGGGGAAGUGAAUGUAUCCCAAGCUCAUCUUUCAGCAUUUCUCAAAACAGCCGAGUCAUUGAAAAUUCGUGGACUCACUGACACAUCUUCUGAUUCUGAUAAUGUGCAGGAAGAAAAUAGUUUGUAUUUGAAGCCUCAAGCUUUGCGAGUUUUACGAAGUAACCUACUAGUCAAUAAAAAUAGGCAAAAAAAUAUACAAAUGAUUCCAACAACUUCUAGUCAAGAUGUACCUAUAGAUAAACCAGAUAUAAAUAUACCAAAUGUUUCUAGUCCUGCGCCAAAACGAAGUAAAUCUGAGACUGAAAUUAGGUUAAGAAAAGAUGAUUCAAUGACGGUUAAUCCCUUUGCUUUACAAAACGAAUCAAGAAGUCCAAUAGAAUUGAUGCCUAAAGUGGAACUGCCCGAGUAUAUCAGUGAUGAAGAUAAUGAGCCAGAUGAUAACUCUUUGAAUUUUUAUCCUGGAAAUGAUACUGGAGAUAUACCAAGUGGAAUUGAUAUAACUGGCCAAGGUUCAAGCUUUAAUGGAAAGGAUAUAGGAUCAGAGCUAUGUUCUCAAGGCAAGACCAACAGAAAGCUGCACUCAUUGGAUCCAAGACCUUGCGACGAAUGCGGAAAAGUUUACAGUAGUCUUUCGAAUUUACGUCAACACAUGAAACUGAUUCAUUAUCCAACUUACGUUUUUUGCGAUCAAUGCAACAAACAAUUCAAAACUGAUCUGUAUCUAAGAAGACACAUACUGAAUGUGCAUAAGAUUUGUUUCAGAAUGCGAAGACGCAGAAUUUCAGACCAUUGGACACCCUAUAGCUUCCAUCAAUCCAGCGGCACCCCAAGUGCAUUUUAUGAUAUCCCCCCAAGACUCUUUGAAAAAAGAGAACCUGAAAGAAGAAAUAAACUGAUAAAACUUGGCGAGGGUAUCGAAAUUUACGAAGACCAGUUGCGCAGCAUAAAAUGGAGCGAUUACAGGAAACUCACCAGAGGACUGGCUACUAUUUUAUUUAGCCCUGCUGAAUUGGCUACAUGCUCCGUCACUGGUCAGAGGUGGAGUAGAGCUGGCAACGGGGAGAGGCCAGUGAAACCAGCUCUGGAUAGGGCAAAAGUUCAAGCAAUUAUUUCGAACAACAUGGAAAAUAAGCCAAACAAGAAAGGUACGUACUGUAUCUACUAGAUAACUACAUAAAUACAUAAUCACAGUGAGAUUUGCCAAAAAAAAAAUGUAAAUGAAACCAAGUGUCAAACUAGUUUUAAGAAUUUUAGCGUAUUCGACUGACUGCCCAUGUGUGGUCUGAGCUCGCAUUUUAAAUGCGAAGUGCAAUAAAUCAUGUCCGAGUUGAUUCAGGUCGUGAGUGAGCAAAAAUUUCCUUCAUCAAAAUUUGUAUUUGGACAUAGUACGACUGGCGCUCCAACUUUUUGGACCGUGAUUUUUGACGGUGCAAAUAAUUCUACAUAUAAAAAACUCUCCCACAUCACACCUAUCGAUCCCUCAUGUUAUUUUUAUUUUGUUUCGCAUUUGCCUCUCCAUUUUUAUAAGUGUUUCGCGAAACAUAAGUAGCAAAAGAAAACUGCUGCUUAUUUUGACUAUAAAAACUAAAAACAUACAUGUUAGCAAGCAGUAGUAGCAGCACAGCUAUUCUGGAAGCGAUGAAAAUGAAUUCUUGUUUAUUCUCUAGUUUUCCUACAAAGCAGUAUAACACUCAUGUAGUGCCAAGCUUCAAUCAAUUAGGUAGUUGAGUGAGUAAGUCAAAACAUGUUAAAACUAAUGCUAAACAUUGAUGCUUCCUAUGGUGGGGUUACUAGUAAUGGUAUGACUACUAAUGGCUCAAGAAGUAACGCGAGCAGAGCCAACGCCAAUAAUGAAACUUCCUCUAGCCCAAAAAACAAUAAUACCAAAAAUAACAAUCUCAGUAGGGCAACUAACCAAUGAACUAAAAGAAUAUAACAAUCAGCAUGACCUAGUUGGGUUCAGGAGGUUUUGAAAAAGUGGUUUUCAAAUAUUCCUAUGUUCCACCUCGAUUUUGCGCAAAAGUGAAUGUCGAUAUACAAAUGUACAUGGAGCCAACUCUGAAUUUGAUCAACUCGAACAAUUAGGGCUGGGGAAACACCACUGUGCCCGUUCUUGUUUUAAAGUGCAAUAAUUGUAGCACGUUCUUGUUUUGAAAUUAGCCAAAGAAAGUCCAAUGGUAGUCGAAUACUCUAAAGAAUUAUUUAUUUUUGUGUUAGAAUUUUAUUAAGUUAGUUUAUUUAUUUAUUUUAAAGUAGAGUGCGAUGUAUUGCCUCUACCUAUAUGUAUUGCACCCGGCGGUAUAUUUUUGACUAUUUUGAUAGAAAGUGAUGUUCUGAUGUAGACCAGUUUUAUUUAUUUUUCAUAAAACAUUGUAGCCCAGUAAUCUUGUUCCUGAAAGGGGCAGGGGGCGGAACAGGGUUACCGUGCGUCAAGCCCCGAAGUUCUGAUUUUUUGCUGAGUUGUUAAUGAACCGCGAAAUUUUUUCGCGUUUUUCAAUUUUCGCGUUUUCAUGGAGAAAUAAAUUUCGUACAAUUUGAGACCACAACUGUCGUUGCAUACCUUAUAGUUUCUGAAAUACUAGGUUUUCAAGAUUUCAGGGAACAGGUUUUCUUGUGGAGAUAAAUAACUGAAAAACUCCUUUGCGACUAAAAUGAAGAUCAAGCCAGAAAAAAAGAGACAAUAGGGUAGUAGUGGACAAUUUUUUGAAAUAUUUUUUUUAUUAAUCUUCAUAGCAAAAUAAACAAGUGUUGAUGAUUCUUUGAUUUUAGAAAACAAAAAUAUACGUAAAAAAAAAUUAACAAAUUUGUACUUAUUUUAAACUCUAUAAUUUACCGCCAGGAAAUUACGUCAUAGUUGUGAUGUAUUUCCAAUAGCGUGUCUUUAUAUUUUACGUGCUUUUAGAAAAAGAUGCCGAUAAACUCAGUGCGCACUGAUUGACAAAUAGAAUUCUCUCAAAAAGUGGGGUUAUGUUGAGGGUGCGCCUAAAUGUAAUAAUACUCGAGAGACGCUGAUAUAUCUCUCUUUUUUGCACUAAAGAGUAAGUUUGUGUCGAAUAUCGGACGUAGGUUUUAUUUAAUUCAUACUUAAAUACAACAGCUAUGACGUAGAAUCAGGGCGCGAAAUAUUUCCGUUCAAAUAUUGCGUCCCAAAACUCUACUUUUACCGCCGUUUUAAACAAGGUUAGUAAUUUUACCUGAAAUUUCUUUUGAUACGAAUAUUUUUUAUUUACUCCAUAGAUGAAGAAUAGAUCAUCGAUUUCAUUGAAAUUAUACCUUGUCCACUACCCUAUUCACUAUAUUUAUUGUAUAGUUAUUUCAAUUUUGAAUACAUUUUUUGGAAUUGAGAUUAAAAUCUGUCACACUUCUCAUUUUCUUUCAACCUAUUAAAUAAUAUUCCCGAAGCGAACAACAAAAUAUAGCUAAACAUUUCAGUUGAUAAAUUUUGAAAAGUUGUAUUUUGGAAACUAAGUAACUACCUCUACAUAUAUUGGCUCUACAGAGUUUUAGUGUCAAACUCAAAUUGUAGAUUAUUUAGUUUUCCUUGAAAACGUAUCUCCUGUUAGUUAUCAUCAAUAUUAUCGAAAAACUAGUCCUUCGGAGAUAAGAUCGGAAACUUGGAUUAUUCAUUGAGCCAAUAUCAUAAACAACUUAGCAAAAAAUUAGAGCUACCGGCUUUGACGCAUGGUCUGAUAGUUGGUUACUGACUGGAUUACUGGUACUUCCACCACCUAUAAUCGUGUGGGAAUCAACCCGAAAACUUUAAAUUGAAAUAAUUAAACAUAUAGUCUUACUCACGAAAGAUGACGAUUACGUGACAAAAGAUUCUUGUUAGCUCAGAACUCGUUAUUUGAAACUUAUAGCGUUUUCUGUUGGUAAAACUCGUGCUGUCCGAGUUCUGCACUCAACACUGAAUCAGUUCACGUUUAGUGCAAUCUCAAAAGAACAUGAAUUUGGCGCGUUUUGUCAUUCUUUUAAAAUUUAUUAUUUAACGAUCCCUGAUCCCUAACCUAACCUAAAGACAUUUUCAAUGGAAUAAAAAUUAAAAACGUUUGUGUGUAUGAAAAAGUUGAAAACGGAAGUUUUUCCUGUAUGUAAAGUACAUAAUGGGCUCUUUCACUAAUUUUUGAAAUUGGCAUAUUUGGAUAAAGCAACUAAAAACAGAAUUUUCUGUAUUUUUACUUUUGAAAAAUUCAUAGUCCUUCUUGAGAAAACAGAAAAGAAAGAAAUACCUCCAAAUAAAAACCCAGAAUUUAUUUCUAUGACGUCGCAGCUCGCUAUUUGACCGUGUUGCCACUAAUUGUCAACAUUGAAAAUUUGUAAUAGAUUUAAUUCUGAAAUGUUCCCAAAAUAUCAUGAAAAGUAGUUAAAUUAAUUAGUUAUGGAUUCAAGAUUUUAUAACAUUUUUAUUGAAAUUAUGCUUAAACACAAUUUAAUAUAAUUUUCUAUGUUUAGUUUUAUUUAUUUAUUUUACGUUGCACUACAUUUAGUCACCACCGACAACAGCGCAUUCGAACCUUUACCUGCAUUUACUACAGGAUAAAUACAGCAGAGGCGGACAGCUCUUCGCAACAACAAGCGAAAUGAAAAAUAUUUAUGCGACGUCAGCAAAUCGGCGCGUUUUUAAAUAAUUCAAAUUUUGGUAGUUUAAAAUGCCUGUAAAAAACUUAUUUAACCUUGUAGAACAUUUUUUUUUGGUAUAUGUGCCUAAAAUAGUCCCUCCUUUGGGAUUUUAUACCUAAAUUACGUAUUUAAAUUUUAGUGAAAGAGCCCAUUAUGCUGUCUCCCGAGAUGUGCAGAAAUAAUUCCAAUGAUACCUGCGUUGAAAUUAAUUUUUAUGUCAAUUUCAAUAAUAAAAUUUUGAAUUUUUUGUAUCUCAUUAUCCCUGGCAAACAUUCAGGCCUAUGAUGUAUUCUGUCCUGUUAUUUCAACGUCUGUGUUAAGGCUCAACAUCUAUUUCUGUCUCUAUUUUGAUGUUGCUGCUAAAAUAACAGAAAAUGAUACAUCAUAGGCCUGCGAUUGUAUAUAAUAUAAUAGAUCCAAUUAAAUUUCAUUGGUUGAAAACAGUCAGAAAACUAGUUUUAAGUUAAAACUAGUUUUCUGACUGUUUUCAACCAAUGAAAUUCACUCUGACUGGUUUAUGAUUUCUGCAGAAACAGACCUAAUAAUUCUUCCUCUUCAUCGCUGUCGCUCGACGAAGAUAAAAAAUAUAGAAUUUUAUCAAUAUCGAUAUCCAUAAUUUUUUGGUUUUGUUUAUACACAGACUUUUCGGCACUUUACGCCAUUUUUGUUGUGCCCUGACAUUGGCACGAGCUCUCUGACCUCGUGCUGGAAAAGUUGCACGAGGGCAAUAAUUGAUUGCCCUGGUUUUCCAAUAGAACAUAAAAACCCGCUCGGAAACUGCCAACAGAACAUAAUUUUUGCAUGAGUGCAGCACGAGUUUUACCAACAGAAAACGGUAUUACACUGUGUCUGACAGAGAUCUCUCGACUAUUUUGUGUGCAGAAAAUGAGUAAACGUAUUUACCAUAAGCUGGAAAGAGAUCCGUUUGUUGUAGAAGCGCGUAAAGAAUAUUUAUGUAGUAUGUACAUUACAUUCGCCAUUGCGUAAGAUUAUAAAUCGUUAUUUCCGAGACAUGCGUGCAUUAAUUAAUUCGUAGGAAUUAUAUUUGUCACGUGAUCGUGUCAGAUGUUAUAUCGAGUAUUCUAUCUGACAGAAAAAACAUUGUUAAUUUAAUUUGUUGAUAUUGUAGGGGUGAGCCCCUUCAGAUCUACAUACCUCAAUUAGCUAUAAGAUAUAGUGAAACCCGUUAAUAUUUUAUUGUUAUAUAUGUUGAAGUUUGGUUUAUUGAAGGUUUGAACUCAAUAAAGAUGUAUAUUAUAUCCAUA